UAUAUAAAAUCCUCCUGACUACAUAUAAUAGAUAUAAUCCUCCAUUAUAUUAAAGUGUAUAGAAUAUAUGUCAUAUGACCCUCCCGAGUCUCCAGCCGGUGAUCAAUAAUCCCGGUCCAUGACGUAAUAGCCGCCGUGUGUACGGGGCUGGCCGGUUAUACCGUCCCUUUUAUCACGUGAGUGAACAUUAGCCGUAUAAUAAGGAAUAACCGGCAGCGUUCUGUGUGAGGAGGAGUCGCCGUGUCUUCGCUGUCCGGGGCUCCUCCGCCGCACGGUGCUCCGGUGUAAUGGGCGGUGUGUGAGUGAGGAGACGCCGGGCAGGCCCCGCUCCGUGGCGGCAGAGCAGAGGGGGAGGGUGGGUGUGUGGAGUCCGCUCCGUGUUUUGCUCUUGCUCCCUCCUCCCUCCUUUCCUUUCCCCCUCCUCCGCCGCUUUGCUCCUGAACUCCAGCCCCCUCUCUAUCAGCCUCUCACUCCGUCUCAAUAUGUCUCAAGAUGGCGGCCAAUGCGGGAUCGAUGUUUCAAUAUUGGAAGCGCUUUGAUUUACAGCAGCUGCAGAGGGAACUCGAUACAACAGCAACAGUAUUGGCAAACAGACAAGAUGAAAGUGAACAGUCCAGAAAAAAACUUAUUGAUCAAAGUCGAGAAUUCAAGAAGAACACUCCCGAGGACUUGCGCAAACAGGUAGCUCCCUUGUUAAAGAGUUUCCAAGCAGAGAUCGAUGCAUUAAGUAAAAGAAGCAAAGAAGCUGAAGCUGCCUUCUUGAAUGUUUAUAAGAGAUUAAUUGAUGUCCCAGAUCCAGUACCUGCCUUGGAUCUGGGACAACAAUUGCAACUAAAGGUUCAACGAAUGCACGAUAUUGAAACAGAGAAUCAAAAGCUUCGAGAGACAUUAGAUGAAUACAACAAAGAGUUUGCUGAAGUCAAAAAUCAAGAGGUUACAAUAAAAGCACUUAGAGAGAAAAUCCGGGAAUAUGAACAGACCCUAAAGAACCAGGCAGAAAAUCUGGCUCUGGAGAAAGAACAAAAGUUACAAAAUGACUUUGCUGAAAAAGAGAGGAAACUGCAGGAGACUCAGAUGUCUACAUCUUCCAAGCUUGAGGAGACUGAACACAGAGUUCAAGUUCUGCAGUCAGCAUUGGAAAAGUCUCAGGCAGCAUUAUUUGACCUGAAAACAAAAUACGAUGAAGAAACAUCAGCAAAGGCCGAUGAGAUUGAAAUGAUCAUGACUGACCUCGAAAGAGCUAACCAGAGAGCAGAGGUGGCGCAGAGAGAAGCAGAGGCCUUAAAGGAGCAGCUCUCAUCACUUGACAAAUCUCUCCACCAUGCCUCGCAGACGCAAGAGCCGCCUGAUACGGAUCAGACGACGGAGGGAUCAGCUCGCUCCAAUAUGGAAGUUGAACUUACUGCAAAGGAGCGCGAGAUAGCCCAGCUUGUGGAAGAUGUACAGAGGUUACAGGCCAGUCUUACAAAGCUCCGUGAAAACUCAGCUUCUCAAAUAUCUCAGCUUGAGCAGCAGCUAACCACCAAGAACAGCACUCUUAAACAACUUGAAGAAAAACUGAAAGUGCAGGCGGACUAUGAAGAAAUUAAAAAGGAGCUUACCAUUCUGAAAUCCAUGGAGUUUACCCAGUCUGAAGGAUCAAGUGCACAGGAUGCAUCAAAACCAUUGGAGGUUCUGUUACUGGAGAAGAACCGCUCGCUGCAGUCAGAGAACGCCACACUGCGGAUUUCCAACAGCGACCUGAGCAGGUCAGCCAGGAGAAAAGGGAAAGACCAGCAUGAAACUCAGCGUCCUGCAACCUUGCCGGCCUCCCCUCCCUCUCAGUUGCUCCGCAACGUAGGGGAGCAGGCUUCCAAUACUAAUGGUACACAUCAGUUCUCACCAACGGGUUUAAACCAAGACUUUUUCAGCUCAUCCAUUGCAAGCCCUUCUUUACCCUUGGCCUCCACGGGAAAAUUUGCACUAAAUUCACUUCUCCAGCGACAGCUUAUGCAGUCCUUCUACUCCAAGGCAAUGCAGGAAGCAGGAAGCACAAGCAUGCUUUUUUCAACAGGUCACUUCAGCACAAACUCCAUAUCUUCCCAAAGUCCAUUACAACAGCCAAGUCCGGAUGUAAACGGCAUGGCUCCUUCACCAAGCCAGUCGGAGAGCGCUGGGAGCGUCUCAGAAGGCGAAGAAAUAGACACUGCAGAAAUUGCACGUCAAGUGAAAGAGCAGUUGAUCAAGCACAAUAUUGGGCAACGUAUCUUUGGACAUUAUGUACUAGGACUAUCACAGGGGUCUGUGAGUGAGAUAUUGGCCAGACCCAAACCAUGGAAUAAACUAACUGUACGGGGCAAGGAGCCUUUCCACAAGAUGAAGCAGUUCCUCUCUGACGAGCAGAACAUCCUCGCACUGCGGAGUAUACAAGGCAGACAAAGAGAGAAUCCAGGCCAGAACCUGAACAGACUAUUUCAGGAAGUACCGAAAAGAAGAAAUGGGUCUGAAGGAAAUAUUACUACACGGAUCAGAACCUCAGAGACAGGCUCAGAUGAAGCCAUUAAGUCUAUUCUAGAGCAAGCCAAAAGAGAGCUGCAGGUGCUGAAGACUGUUGAGCCGGCUCAGCCCCCUUCAGCAUGCAGCAGUGGUAAUUCUGAUGACACUAUUCGGUCCAUUCUACAACAAGCACGGAGAGAGAUGGAAGCCCAGCAGGCUGCUUUUGAACCUGCCUUAAAGACGGCAUCUUUAUCCCAAGCUGACCUUGCCAUCCUCUCUCCAAAAAUUAUCUCCACCACUGCUGUCUCUUCUGUGUCUACUUAUUCUCCAUUAACCAUGUCCCUAAAGAAACAUACUCCCGUCUUAGACUCUGGUAUCUCUACCUUACAUAGUAUGUCUGGUGUAAAAAAAGAGCCUCCAGAGACAUCAGUGUUAGACCUUCAUGGCAUGACAGAAUCAACACCCGUCAUUCUAAGGCAUGUAAAAAAUGAAAUAGGACGGAGUAGUGUUUGGAAAGACCAUUGGUGGAGCACUGUCCAGCAUGACCGGAGAAGCACUGCCUCGGUUGAAGACCCGAAAACAGAGGAGACCAACUGCACAAAGGAAAAACUUAUCAAUCAGAAUAGGUCAGAACGAAACCAACUCCAAGGACCCUCGUCGUCUUCAGAUUACUGGAAAGAGUGGCCUAAUGCUGAGUCUCCCUACUCUCAAAGCUCGGAAAUUAGCAUGACCGGAGCCAGUCGUAGUGAGACGCCACAAAACAGUCCACUGCCUUCUUCUCCUGCAGUCUCUAUAGCCAAGCCAAGCAAACCAUCUGUCCCUCCGCUUACACCAGAGCAGUACGAGGUUUACAUGUACCAGGAGGUGGACACUAUUGAGCUAACCCGUCAAGUGAAAGAGAAGCUUGCAAAAAAUGGAAUUUGCCAAAGGAUAUUCGGGGAAAAGGUGCUGGGCUUGUCACAGGGCAGUGUCAGCGACAUGCUGUCUAGGCCGAAACCUUGGAGCAAGCUGACCCAGAAGGGCCGGGAGCCAUUUAUUAGAAUGCAGCUAUGGCUGAACGGUGAACUGGGGCAGAGUGUCCUGCAUUCCCAAGGACAGCAGCAAGGACAAGCCCUGCAAUCUGCAGCAACUCAGCAGGAUUCUGUAAUCGAAGGAUGUCCAAGUUCAGAAAACACUCCAAAGAGCUCUACCAGCUGCAGUCCGGCUCCAGAAUCUCCAAUGAGCUCCAAUGAGUCAGUGAAAAGCCUCACAGAGCUAGUGCAACAGCCAUGCCCCCCAAUUGAGACCAGCAAAGAAGGAGAGGCACAAGAGUCAAGUGAUGCCACUGGUGGUGACUCUCAGCCAGCAACGCCGCUUCCAUUCCCUGGUCAUUCAGCACUGAGCAUCCAAGAGCUGGUGGCCAUGUCUCCAGAACUGGACACCUAUGGUAUCACCAAGAGGGUGAAAGAAGUUUUAACAGACAAUAAUUUAGGUCAACGUCUGUUUGGAGAGACCAUUCUUGGCUUAACUCAAGGCUCGGUUUCUGAUUUGCUGGCUAGACCAAAACCCUGGCAUAAGCUAAGUUUGAAAGGAAGAGAACCAUUUGUACGAAUGCAGCUGUGGCUCAAUGAUCCAAAUAAUGUAGAUAAGCUCAUGGACAUGAAACGGAUGGAAAAGAAAGCUUACAUGAAGAGAAGGCACAGCUCGGUGAGUGACAGCCAGCCCUGUGAGCCACCCCCUACAGGCAUAGAUUACAGCCAGGGAUCGAGUCCCCAGCCACAACAUCAGCUGAAGAAGCCACGCGUUGUUUUGGCUCCUGAGGAGAAAGAAGCUUUGAAACGGGCUUACCAGCAGAAGCCAUACCCUUCCCCUAAAACCAUUGAAGAGCUUGCAACACAACUAAACCUAAAAACCAGCACCGUUAUUAACUGGUUCCAUAACUACAGGUCUCGUAUCCGCAGAGAACUGUUUAUUGAAGAAAUUCAAGCAGGUAGUCAUGGACAGAUUGGUUCUAGUGAUUCUCCAUCAGCUACAAGCAGCAGAGCAGCCCACAGUUCGGAAGGAGAUAGCUGUGAUGGUGUAGAUAUGGAAAGCACAACUGAUGGAAAGCAUAGUGUCCUUGAAGGAGACGAUUUCAGUGACAACAUUAAGUCUCAGGGCGGGCAGACUGAUUCCGCUUUUGAAGAGGUUGAAGACGCUAGACCUUCUGAGAAAUCGGACAACAGCCGGUUGGAAGUAGACAGCCCAGUUGACAAGGUUGAGGAAGGUCGGAGAAAGCAGAGUCGGACUUCCCUUCCUGGAUCUCGGUGUUCUGUAGAGAGUUCAGAGACAACACCGAAAUCUGCUACUGAAAAGCAUGCCUCUACCUCAGCUGCCUCAAGCUUGGUCCCCAUAAAGGAGGGUUUCAACAAGUCUAAUGACGAUUCUGAGAAACUAUCCAGUGUGCCAAGUACAAGUUCACAGAAAGGAAGCUCUAUUCAGAGCUUAUUCAACUUUUCUGAGACAGCAAGUUCCAAAAACACACGGGACAACUCCUUGAGGAAAAAGAAAGCCGCAAACUUGAACAGCAUAAUUCACCGCUUAGAGAAGGCCGCUAGUCGAGAAGAACCCAUCGAUUGGGAGUUUUGAAAUUAAAUUAACCCUGGUUUCAGCAAACUAGGGAUUUUAAACUGGACCUUUCACUGGUUAUAUCGUAUUGCGCACUUACCGCCCUGCAGGCCACAGGGCAAAAACGCCAUAGGCCAAGGUGCAUAUAGAAUACAAAAGGAGCAUUAAGCCCAAUUUUAUGUUGUGUUUUCGAGGACGAAAACUGAAAUAUGUAGUCAAAGCUUUUUGUACCCUGAAGUGUUUUUACUAUUACCCAAGUGAUUUUCACACUUUCUGGAAUAACUCUUACAGCUUUGCCUUGUGCCCACCUUUUUAGUGGGGGCUUAAAAAAAAAAAAGUACAAAAAAAUAUUGAACCCACAAAAUAAAUGGGGGCUUUUUAUCUGCCAUGUAAUGGCCGCAGAGCGAUAAAUACACUAUUAUGAUCUUCUUAUACCAGGAAAAGGAGGAGAUUUUUCAGGAAAAAAAAUUGUCCUUUUUUUAUUUUGGUUUUCCUUUUAGUAGGUGUUUCAGUUGCCACAAAGAGAUUGCACAGUCAUCUGACUCUAAACACACUAGUUUGGAAUCCUAUUUUCAAGAAGUUAAAAAAAGAAAAAAAAAGAAAAAAAAAAAACCUGCUCGGAACUUUGAAAUAAACGAAAUACACCAAUUCACUUAUUUUCUAACUAAAGUCACAUCAGGAAACUAUUUUAAUUUGUGGUAGCUGAUGUAGUGUUUUCUUGGUAGUGAAACUAGAUAUCCAGUGCACAUUGUUUCAUAGCUUUAACUGAUUCUGGUCUUUUCCAGACCAGGAUUUGUUUAUUACACUCCAUUUUAGGCCAAAUCAGGACAAAAAAAAAAAAAAAAAAAGAUCUGAAUUUAGGUAUUUUCUAAUCUGCUUUUUAACCUCUAACCACAGAGCACGCUGAUCAGACCUCAUAUUUUGGGAGGGUAAAAGGGUACAAGUUGGAAUGGCAGACCUGUACUGUUAAUACAUCCUUACAGUGUUCCCUUCAUACCGAGACAUAUAUAUAUCAUAUAUAUAUAUUUUGCUUUCUUUACAAGGCCACUUUUGUUUAAUACGUUUAUCUAUUACCAAAUAUGCUGCCAGCAGGAUGCAGAGAAAAGAGAGAUUUUAAAUGCAAACUAAUAAUAAACUUUUUUAUGUAUAAAAUAAAAAUAAAAAAUGUAGACAAAAAAAACAAAGCAACCUCUGAACUCUGACAUGUACAAUGUAAAUAGAGAAACCUAGAACCAAAAUAACCAUUUUGACGAAGCGGCAUUUGUGGCCCCGAGCAAUCCUUUCCGCAACUGUCCGUUCUCGUUCAAAGUACGACACCCAUUCCAAUUUGUAUCCUGUUCCUUCUUGCUGUCAAUAUGUGUGUGAGAGAGAACAGAGAUGAGUGGGAAUACCCGUGUAUGCAAUUUUAUAAGUCUGUGUAUUUUCUUAUGUACUUGUGCACACAUAGAGAGUGCAUUACUGCCACCUUUUUCAAUAAGCUGGUUUAUCUGCUAUGGCUUCGACAAGAUUUGCUGAACUAGGCUCGUUUCUCGCCAUAUCUUAAAAACUAACAAUAGAUGAUUUCAGUAUAUAUAUAUUUUUUUUGCUUAUUUAUAGGUGCUGUAUUUUAUUAUCUGAUUGUUAGGAAGGGAUGAAAACGGGGGCAAAUAUUCUUUAGAGGGAUAGACUGCCGGCAGUAUUGGGUAUAAUUUACAAGAUGUAGUUGUCAUACUGUAUAUUAUUGAUUUAAAGAUUUUUUUUCUUUGAUCUUAUCGUGUAUCAUUGAAACAUUGUGUCUUAGGUCAGCAUCUUUUGAUGACGUUAUUUGGUGCAUUUUGUUACUUAUGUUUUAAUAAUAUUAUCUUUUUUUUAUUUUAAUUUUUUAAUCCCUUUAUCUUAUAGGGGAUGGGAGUGUUGUUAUAAAACCGUACUCCAUAUGCUAAACCUCAAUGAGCUUGUAUUAUUUAGUAGAAACAUUUAAUGUGUAGAACCACAUUUGUUAUAAAAGAGUGUAGUAAAUAAAAUGAAAUGCUCUUUACAAGCAUUGGUAAGAUGCAGUAGCACUUCAGGUUUAAAGAUAGAUUAAAUUCUUGAUGAACAAUAAAAAAAAAAUGAUCAGUUAACAAAAAAAAAAGGCUCUUAGAGGCAAAACAGGAAAAUAAAAAAUAGUUGUGUCUCUGUUGUCAUCAGCAGGUUAUUGCCAUCCUUGUUGUAGAAUUCAAUGGGAAUGACUAACAGGUUACUUACUAUACAUUGUGUCUCUUUAAAGGGGUA